AUUUUGGUAGGAUGUUCGGACCUGUCCAUAUUUUUAGUCGUGUUCCAUUCACGAGAUAGAAAAGUGAUGUGCGUUUAAGUGCUUUUUUUUGCGAGAGUCCAUCAUUGCAUUCGCGAUGGAUCGUUAUCAAGAGCGAGAAGAGCUUAGACAUUUAGUUCAACAAUGGAAUGCUAACAGACUCGAUCUCUUCGCGUUAUCGGAUCCAAACGAAGAUUUGGAAUUCCAUGGAGUGAUGCGGUUUUAUUAUCUGGAUGAUGGAUCAAAAGUGGCUACGAAAUGCAUUCGUGUUUCCUCUACUGCUACGACAAAUGCAGUGAUCGAAACGUUGAUUGAAAAAUUUAGACCGGAUAUGCGAAUGUUGAGCAGCCCAGACUAUUCCUUGUUUGAAAUCCAUGAGAACGGAUCUGAGAGGAAGAUGUCUCUUGAUGAAAAGCCACUGUUGGUCCAAUUAAAUUGGCAUAAAGAUGAUCGAGAAGGCCGAUUUCUUCUCCGUCGAUUUGAUGAUACAUCAAAUUCAGUUCCAAGCCCGAUGGCUGAAACCAGCUUUAAGCGAAAACUUUCGAAGCGGGAGAAGAAACAGCUCAAGAAGCAAGAAAAACUACGUCGAAUGAAAUCCAGUGGUGGCACGACUCCUGAACAGCCAUCGAAUGUGGCCGAGAAGUUGUACUCGGAGCUUCCUGAAACCAGCUUCACUCGUAGUAUCAGCAAUCCCGAAGCAGUCAUGAGACGUCGGCGUCAGCAAAAAUUGGAGAAAAAGCUGCAGCAGUUUCGUUCGCGUGAUGGUGGACCCGACACUGGCGGCACCCUCAAGAUUUAUGGUGAAUCCCUGUGUCGUGAUGUUCCGUAUAAAACGCUGCUUUUGUCAGUGAAAGACUCUGCUGCAACUGUGGUCAAGGAAAUGCUGGACAAGUACGGACUCGAUAAUGAAGAAGCGCUCAACUAUUGCCUCAUUCAAGUGGUGACCCCCGGAUCCGGCGAAGGAAACAAUGGACGCAUCUCCGCCACUCGCGAAUACGUUCUUGAUGACGACGAUUGUCCGUUAGCAAUUUUAAUGAUGCAACAAUCCGGUUCAAUAACUUUCCACGUACGAAAGCGACCCGCUGAUUAUCAGCCUCGCAAGCGGAAGAAAAAGAAGGAGCCUUCUUUGAACGAAUCCCAAGCCACUUUGGUUCCACCUGGAACUCCAUCCUCGCUUCCAAUGUUCUUGGAAAUAAAUCCGGACGGGAGUGAAGUUCGGUCGGGGUCGCCAACUCGAUACUUUCUACAACUGAAUGUUACAGAGGUUGGAUCUGCCACUCCGGACGCCAACGAUGGCGGACAGUGUUUGCAAAUAUUUGGACCAAGCAUUCAGCCCAGACACUGUGUUAUUGCGCACAUGGAGGGUAUUGUUACUGUUACGCCAUGCUCGCGAGAUGCAGAAACGUAUGUUAACGGUCAGAGAAUCUAUGACACGACGCUCCUGCAACAUGGUGCUGUUGUCCGCUUUGGACGAGUGCACACGUUCAGAUUCCUCGACCAACCGACCUCUCGUCCUGUAUCGUUUGUUGAGCAGAGGAGUUUGAUGGGAACGACGCCAGCGGGGACUCCGCCAGACAACCUUUCCAUAAUGAGUAAACGAGACAGCCGAGCAUUCCGGACAGAGCCUAUUCUCCCCGCGAGUUUGGAAGUUGGCGAAGCCGCAGAAGACAGCUUCUUGAAUGUGGUCAUACGCAGCUUGGAUCCAAAUGUGGUACAUUUCAAACUGGCGCCCACGUAUGUACUGUACUUGGCUGCCCGCUACCGGGCUUCCAAACAUUUCCGCGAAGAACUUUCGCCCCCGGAACGUGCGAUCAAACUGACCCACACUCUGACGAAAGUGGCUCGAAUGAUUGAGCACACCACGCAGUCUGCCAAAAAUGACCCUGGAGCCUUGGCGUUUUGGAUGGCGAAUGCCUCGGAACUGCUGCAUUUCCUGAAGUGCGAUCGUCACGUGUCUGCCUACAGUCUGGACGCGCAGGACAUCUUGGCCGAGUGUGUUCAGGUGGCCUUUCGGAACCUGGUUGGCGGUCUGACGCGAGACUUGGACAUGGUCAUGGGUGACGUGUUGGGCGGUGCUGGGACGAGGCGGGUCGUUGAGUGCUUGUCUGCUGGGAUGGCGACGCUUCGUCGCUGUCGAGUGAAUGCUGCACUCACCAUUCAGCUCUUCUCUCAUCUCUUCCAUUUCGUCAAUCGGUGGAUGUUCAACCGCAUUGUAGGCGUGACAGUCUGUGAGCAGGGCAACUUGUGCUCCACGCAAUGGGGUCAUGCGAUCGCGGAGCGUCUUGCAGACUUGGAAACGUGGGCGGAGAAGCAGGGACUGGAUUUGGCAGCGGAUUGUCAUUUGGCUCGCAUCACUCAGGCUGCUCAUUUGCUUCAAGCUCCCAAGUGGACGCCUGAGGAUAUUGCGAUGAUCUCCAGCGCUUGUUUCAAGCUCAACUCUAUGCAACUUCGAGCACUCCUCGAAAAGUUCACCCCGACGAGGAAUGAGCCCGAGAUCCCGAGGGAGCUGGUGGAAAGCGUGGUUCGCGUGGCAGAGAACACAGCUGACGAAUUGCUGAAAGCCGAUGGUCGUGUCGUGCGUCUCGAGGAAGACGAAGAGCUCGGACUAGCUUUCAUGCUUCCCGAAGACGGCUACAGCUGCGAUGUGGUCCGUGGUCUUCCCCAGGGGCUUCCUGAGUUUCUUGCGGGUUUGCAACGCGCUGGGUCGUGUCGACUCGUGGCCCAACCCGCGAGCCCGGGUUUAUGGACCAUUUACAUGAGUCCUCCGUCAACGACGCCACCGGUUCAAUACUCUGCCCCGAGACCGACGUCGAGGGCGGCUAUUGUCGCUCAGCAGCAACAACAACAACCACCACCCCCGACCCCGCAGCCGAAUCAGCGACCAGAAGUUGUCACUAUUAGGUUGCAGAAAUCGAAUUCAGGAAUGGGUCUGAGUAUUGUUGCCGCCAAGGGUGUUGGGCAAGACAGACUUGGAAUCUACAUCAAGAGCGUUGUCAAAGGUGGUGCGGCUGAUCAGGACGGAAGAUUGCAAGCUGGCGAUCAGCUUUUGCAAGUUGAUGGUCAUUCUCUUGUCGGAAUAACCCAGGAAAAAGCCGCAGAAAUCAUGAUGAAAACAGGCGCGACGGUUGUUUUGUCCGUGGCGAAACAAGGUGCUUUCUUUCAUGGCCUAGCGACGCUGUUGUCUCAGCCGUCUCCCGCCAUUACUCGAGCUGGAGGACAAGAAACGAUGCCGAGACACACGAGUGAGAGGGACAUCCCGGGCAGUGUGGCGUCCACUCCGCGCCCGGGCCACGUCGGAGCGCCGCCGCAGCACGCCUACUCGCAGUCGUAUCUGGCACCGGGCUCAGCUCCGCAGCGACGCCCAAUGCCGCCAUCAGCCGGCGGAAGCAAUCCUACAGGCGCCGUAUACCCGGGCCAGCGGCUUCCGGCGUCCAAGUCUGUGCCAGCGUUGCAUUCGCACGAUGAAACGCCGCCACAGCGCCUCCUAGCGACUACCCCUGUGCCACUGCACCACAUGCACCAUCAGCCGCCCCCGGGGUCCCAACAACAACAACAUCAACAGCAGCAGCAGCAACUCUCGCAACCGUAUCACCAGCAGCAUCAGCAACAGCAUCUGCUGCACCACCAACACCAGCAACCCGAAAUGCAGACUCAUCACGGCUACCAACAUCGUUCCACGCAGAACCUGGCGUCGCCUUCGAUGGUGCCCGGUGCUUACGCCACUCCACCUGGUGCUUAUCCCAGCACACUGCCAUCUCGCGGCCACUUUCAGCAACAACUACAACAUCAGCAGCACCAUCACCACCAACACCAACACUCUGCUUCUCGUGGUGCCAAGUUUCAAGAGAUGAGCGAAGAGGUGCGACGCAGAGAAGCGCGUGGAAUGGCGGCAACUCUGGUGAGUAGCGGCGGCGUUCGGUCGGGCGGAGGAACGACCCCGCGAACAACGGAAUUGCACAAUGGUCGGUUGCCGACGACGACGAGUGGCGGUGGGGGUGACGGCACGCCGACUCUGAGGACUGACAGAAACGGAUCCGCGCCUCCGAUUAGCUCUCAGACGCAGCUCAGUCAGCACAUCAGUAAGAUCUUUAGUCCGAAGAGCCCGUGGGAGCGGGAAGCAGAGGAGAAGGAAGCGGAAAGACGAGUGGAGGCGGCGAGAUUGUGGCGAGAGGAACAGAUUGCGUUGCUGGAGUCGUUGCCGAGCUUGAACCAGCGACAAGAGGAUCAGUUGAAGGCGUUGCGACUGGAACGGGAAUUCCAGCGUCGCGCGGAGGAAGAGUCCCGACGUCGGGCCACGGUCGACGAAGACGAGCACGAAGAAGACGACGACGAUGAGGACGAAGAAGAAGAAGAAGAAGAGCGAGACGAGGAUGACGAGGCGGAGGCCAAGGACGUGCGCUUGGAAAUCUCGCGCAGUCGAGACCGGUUCCUCAAUGACGCCGUGGCGCCUGCGGACCACGAGGACGCCACUCGGCGAAUCGCGUCACUCGCCUUCACUGAGCAGAACAAUAAUACCAUUCUGAGAGCGUCGAAUCCGAGUCUCACGUCGCUGUCGCGGCAGGAGAAGUUGGAGGAGAUGCGACGAAAGGCGGCGCAGUUGGAGGCUGCCCAGCAGGUGGAGCAGAGGAUCAUUCGAGAGGCGCAGCGGCGGCAGCAAGAAGAUGUGGUGGGUGGGAGUGGUGGAGGCAGGAGGACGCCGAGGGGCGACGUGCCGCCGCCGCUGCCGAGCUCGUCGCCGCCGGCGGAACCCGGGACACGUCGACUGGAUAAUCUCAUCCGUGCGAAUGGCGGCGUGGAAAACGGACUGACGGACUCGAACGCGAACCUCAACUACACCCCGACGCACCCGGAGACCUUUUUGACUGAGGCUACAGAGCUGUUGGCACAAACGAGCCCUUUUGACUCUUCAGUGGGUGCAGGGAACACCCCGGGUGUGAUUGGCGCCCAAGAGGUGUACCGCGAUCCGCGCCAACGUCGUCUCGCAGAAAAGGCGUCGGCCGUCACCACGGCCGCCUCGCCGAACCCCGAGAAGCUCACCUUCCGCGAAAAGAUGAAGAUGUUUGCGGUGGAGAGCGGCGAAGGCGCCACGCCCAAGGACAAGGUCAAGAUUUCCAAGGCUCAGCGGGAGAUUGAGGACUGAGUUUUUUUUUUCUGGUUAAUUCCAUGCCCUCGUAUCGAGACAAAUUUGUGUGUGUCUUUUUUUUUAGUGAAUGUGUGAGAGAGAAAACAGAAGAGAUAGAUUGUAUUUUACGUUCUAUUGAAUUUUUACAAAUUGAGACGAUGCGCUCGAUUCUUAACAUGUUUGGAGCGAGGUCGAUCAGUGUUUUUUUUAAAUCGACCUUGAGAAAGUUUCCGACGACUGACGGAUUCCUCUUUUAUAUUUUUGGAAGAAUUUGGUCGUGUAUCGACGUCCGAUAUCUCGUUCACUUUUUCGACUUGGUGUCUCAUUUGCGAGCUUCUACAUUUUUCCGGCAUUUCGUGUCCAUUUAAAUGUUGUAACAAAAAAAAAAAGGAAUAGUGCCUAUGUUGACUCACUUGCUUUGCACGAAAAACAUAUCGGUUCAGCAUUGGGAAUGUUGGAAUUUUUGAUUACAUAGUGUCCAGAAAUUUACUGUGCGGAGAUUCAUCACAAUGGAAAUUUUCUUAGUUUGUCCUUCUGAAAUUUUUUUUCUUUUAACCAUGGAUUGAACUUCUGAUUUUACGCUGUCCUCAUUAUAGUUCAUCGACGAAGAGUUUGUAUUCACGAGUUGGAAGAUAUGCUUGCAUUUCUUUGACCCUCAAGAUAGUCAAGAUCAUUAGCAAUAUUUGCCAUACAGUAUUUAUAUUUUCUGCUGGAGGCAGUCAUUAUGUAACUUCAAAAUGUGUUACGCUAAUAAUGCGCUUCAACAAGGUUUUUAAGUGUACCGGAAAUGCAGAUUUCUCCAUUGCACAUUAACUUUUUGAAUGCUUAGUAAAAUACAUCUUCCAUUAGUUGUAAGGAUUGGAAAUAUGUGUCGAGACAUCAUGCGAAAAAGAAGAGCGAAGUAUGGUUCGGAAAUUACGAUAUUUUUUUGUACUUUUCCAUUGUGGAAAUUGUGUGAAGUCCUUUGGAAUUUUGUGGAGGGCUGUCGGAGGUAUUCGAUGCGCAUCACUAGUAAGCAAUAUCCAAGGAAAUAUUUACGUAUUCAGAAGUAAUUUUUCAGUGCUGCUAAAGCGGUGAACUUUUGACGAAAGGAACAAAAAGUUUACAUUCUGUUGAAACGCUCUGGAAAAGCAAUAAGCUUCCACUCUUUUUUUUUCAAAUUGCAACAUUGCCGUCCGCGAAUGUGUCUUUAUUAUGUUUUACACGGGGGAAAGGUAUGGUGGACUUUGUUACGACGUGCCUAGGAUUGUGAUGUGUGCGGUUUUUGCGAAGGGAUAAAUGCAGAAGUGAAGGCAAGUGAGUACGAAAAAGAAUUCAUGAAAAUCCUUCCCAGCGCCAGACAAACGUCGCCAAAAAGAAAUUUUAGUAACAGCUCAUUUGCGAAAUGUUAACUUUGUUUAUGCUUUCGUCCAGUUUCACUCGUAAAUUCAGGUGACCUUAUACAUGUGUGGAAUUUUUCGUCGGAUAAUUCAAUUUUUUCCUCCCGGGGGUUCCUUAUUCUUUUAUUUGUUGGUUGGGACGAAGACGUGGGUGAGUUGGAUUCGUUUUAUUUCCGGGAAGAGCCGCUAAAUCAAGUGCGAACAAGGUCCAAGAAACCGUGUUGGGCGAACCCGUGGCAUUUAUAUUCGGACGCGAAAGCGAUGGAUUUUUUUGGACGGAAUAUUUGUUCAUUUUUUUUUUUUUUUGUUGAGAAAAACAAAA